CCGCUUCCAAGUCGCUUUUCUCAUCUCCUUCGUCGCCACCCUCUUCCUGCUCAUCGUCACCACAGAGUUCGUUAAGGCCAAGCUCCACCAGCGCGGCAUCUACGUCUCGGACCUCAUUCUACUUGGCACCGGCAAAAUCCCCCAGAGGGAACCUAUAGCAUCCGCAGACAUCAUGUCCGACGUCUUCAGCGCAUCGUACAACCAGCUCAUCCCUCUUGCGCUCGCACUCAUCACGAGCGUGCUGUUGUACGCCAAGUUUGGCCGUGGUCGUGAGUUAUGUCUCCGUCUGCGCGUUCCGACACCUGCCAUGUCAUACAUACUACCUCCGGGCACUUACGUCUCCUUGUUUUGGCUGUCACGAAAGAGCGAAAGCCUGUGCUUGACCCGCAGGUGUGGAAGGAGUUCCCCCUCAAGGAGAAGAUUGUCAUCUCUCCCAACACCGCCAUCUACCGCUUUGCGCUGCCUCACCCGGAGGAUGUCCUCGGUCUCCCCAUUGGUCAGCACGUCUCCGUAUCUGCGGAAAUCAACGGCAAGGAAAUCAUGCGUAGCUACACGCCGACUAGCAGCGAUGACGACCGCGGCCACUUCGAUCUGCUCGUGAAGGCGUACGAGAAGGGCAACAUCUCGCGCUACAUCUCCCUCCUCAAAAUCGGCGACAAGGUCCGCAUCAAGGGUCCCAAGGGCCAGUUCAAGUACCACCCCACGCUCUCGCGCGAGCUCGGCAUGAUCGCCGGCGGAACGGGCAUCACGCCCAUGCUGCAGAUCAUCCGCGCCGCGCUCAAGAACCCGCUCGACCGCACCAAGCUCUCGCUCAUCUACGCCAACGUCAACUACGAGGACAUCCUCCUCAAGAAGGAGCUUGACGAGCUCGCCAGCAAGCACAGCCACCGCUUUCGCGUGUACUACGUGCUCAACAACCCCCCGCCCAGCUGGGACGGCGGCGUCGGCUUCGUGACCAAGGAGCAGAUCGAGACGCACCUGCCCCCUACGGACAGCAACAUCAAGGUCCUCCUGUGCGGCCCUCCGCCCAUGAUCACUGCUAUGAAGAAGCACCUCGCGGAGCUCAACUACCCUGCACCCCGGACCGUCAGCAAGCUCGAGGACCAGGUGUUCUGCUUCUAAGUUCCAUGGUCUGCGCCCUCCGCUCGUGGUCAGGUAUAGAGA